GCCCAAGAUCAAGACGGUUCCAGAGACUGAGCUCCAGGCUGAACAAGCAAGGGGUGGGGGGCCCUUCCCUAGAACCGGAGGCUGAGCCCGAGCCUAGAAAGCUGCAAGCCGGUUGUCCGUCUGAGCCUCUGAAAGACAGGUAAAGGCCGGACCUACUCCACUAACAUCCCCAUGAGGACUCUCGGACCUGCCUUGGGUGCUCUACGGAGAAGAGACCGAGAUUCAGCCGAAGCCUAAGACCGCCUGACAGUUGGAAACAUCCAAUCCCUCCUCCAGCAUCCGCCAAGUCCAAAUACUCUAACCUGGCUCCAGAACCUCAAUAUGCGCCCAUUCAGUUUUGGUUCAAGGAACAGGUUGUCGGAAUGAAGCUAGGGCGAAGAUCCUUUUGUAGCUUCCUGCUACUGCUCUUCUUUGCUGCUCUGGGCCUCAUUUACCUUCACAACUGGAAACACUCAAUUCCUAGAGCUUCCUCUGGGUUGUGGUCGCCUUCUCCUGAGUCCUCCAAGCUCAAAUUCCCUAACCUGGCUCCAGAGCCUCGAUAUGCACACAUUCCAUUUAGACUCAAGGAGCAGGUUGUGGGGUUGCUGGCACAAAAUGCCUGUAGCUGUGUGGCCAGCAGAGGAGGAGGACUUGCCUUCUCUCUCCCGUUCCAACAGCAGGUGCAUGCAAUUGACUUCACAUCAGCUUAUGGACCUGAGGAGCUGCUGGCAGCCACAAUUGCGAGGGAUCGGGAAUACCAAGCUUUCCAGGCCAGGGUCCAGUCCUCAGCUGACCAGAUACUCAUCGCUCCAGCUAACUCCCCCCUGCAGUAUCCCCUGCAGGGUGUGGUGGUCCAGCCCUUAAAGACCAUCUUGGUGCCAGGUCUGAGUCUACAAGCAACUGAGCAAGAAGUGUACCGGGUAAACCUCUCUGCAUCUCUUGGCACCUGGGAUGUGGCUGGGGAAGUGGAAGGAGUGAUACUUCGAGGGGAGGGCCAGCCGGAACUUACUCUCUCAAGCCCAGAGUUGGACCGACUCAAUAGACAGCUUCAGCUGGUCACUUACAGUAGCAGGAGCUACCAACCAGACACCACAGACACAGCCCGGUUCUCCACCAAUGGCCAUGAAGCUGUCUUCACUAUCCGAAUCAAGCAUCCGCCCAGCCCUCGUCUGUACCCACCUGGGCCAUCUCCUAAAGGAGCCAAAUAUAAUAUCAGCGCUCUGGUCACCAUUGCGACCAAGACCUUCCUUCGCUAUGACCGUCUCCGCAACCUCAUUGCCAGCAUCCGUCGUUUCUACCCAACAGUCACUGUGAUCAUCGCUGAUGACAGUGAGCAUCCGGAGCCAGUCAAAGGCCCUUAUAUUGAGCACUACCUCAUGCCCUUCGGCAAGGGAUGGUUUGCAGGCCGAAAUCUAGCUGUUUCACAAGUGACCACAAAAUAUGUGCUGUGGGUGGACGAUGACUUCAUCUUCACUGGACGCACGAAGUUGGAGAAGCUUGUGGAUGUACUGGAGCAGACAUCUCUAGAUUUGGUCGGGGGAGCAGUUCGGGAGAUCACAGGUUUCUCCACUACUUAUCGACAAUUGAUGAGCAUAGAACCUGGCGGCCCUGGCUGGGGAGACUGCCUCACCCAAAGGCGAGGUUUCCACCAUGAGCUGCCGGGUUUCCCAAGUUGCGUGGUCACUGAUGGUGUUGUCAACUUCUUCUUGGCUAGAACAGACAAGGUUCGAGAGAUCGGCUUCGACCCUCGACUAAGCCGGGUGGCCCAUUUGGAAUUUUUCCUGGAUGGACUUGGCUCCCUUCGGGUAGGCUCCUGUUCUGAUGUCUUGGUGGAUCAUGCAUCAAAGCUGAAACUUCCAUGGGCACCUUUGGGGACCGAGGCAGAGACUUAUGCCAAAUACCGAUAUCCAGGGGUUACUGAUGAGAGCCAGGUGGCCAAACACAAACUGCUCUUCUUCAAACAUCGCCUCCAAUGCAUGACCUCAGAUUGAUUGUCCCAAUAA